AUGCAGCGGAGAUGGUCUUCAGUCCUGAUGUUUCUGUUCUCAUGCCACACCGCAUGUUCCUGGAAUGUGUCCCUAAAAUGCCAGCAGGACACAAAAGUGUUUCUGAAGGAGUUGAAAAAGGAGACACCCAGCAAAUAUGCAGUACUGAUGUAUGAUGCGUUUGGUAAGAUGGGCAGUGAUGUGGAGGGAGGGAAUGUGAACCGUCCGGGAUCUCUCAGAGAGUGUUUGUCUGUGGAGGGUCCGAACUUCAGGGGUCGGUACUGUCAGGUGUUCCUCCAUCAGGACUGGCUGGAGUAUUUUGUGGGUAUUUGUGUGCCGGAUUCCUGUGAGGAUUCUGAGGUUCAGACACUUGUGAUUUAUGAUGCGUUUGAGCAGGGACGAAUCUCUCUUCUUCCUCCUGUGCCUUCAGUUUUACUGUCUAAUUCCACAUUAAGCAUCUUAAUGACUCAGUGCAUUAGUGAUUUGACCCAUUCUGAUCCUUCUGCUGUGGUCUGUUUGUUUGUGUGUGCUGUGUUGUUGACUCUUCCUCUCGUAUCUUCCAUUUGUUUGGCUUUAAUGAAAAUGAAAAGACAAAGAGAAAUUAAAACAGAGGCCCUCACCUCAAACACCAACAAAUACGGAGCCAUCUUGGCUAAUGGCUCAGCCAAUCAUAAUAAAGAAUAUGGUGCCACCCUGGAAAACACAGAGACGAGGGAUCAAAAUGUGGAAAAUAAGCGACAGGGCAUCGCUAAGACUCUCUUGUUGUGUCUGCAGACUCUGUCUGUACAGAAGAGCAGUGAGGGGAUUCUGACCACAGAAGGUUCUAGAAACGGUUAUUCCUCUCUAAACGGCAUCCGUAUCCUCAGUUUGUUCUGGAUCAUCUCAGGACACACCAUGCAGCUCAGUGCCUGGAGCAAUCUGGAUAAUGACAGGCGAUGGAAAGAGAUGGUAGAGAACAACCCUCUGUAUGUGCUGGCCUUCAGUGGGCCGGUGUACCUGGCUGUGGACUCUUUUCUGUUGCUGGGUGGUCUCCUGAGCGCUAAAUCCCUGCUGAACUCCAUUCAGAGAUCAGAAAACACUCUCAGCUCCAGACUGGUGGCUCAUUUCCUCUUCAAGAGAUACAAAAGGAUUCAACCUCUCCAUCUCUUCAUCGUGUGCUUGACCAUUGGAUUGUUCUCUGUCGUCCAGAGAGGAGUCUUCUGGUUUAUAGCUGAGGAUGCAAUCUUCAACUGUAAGAAAUACUGGUGGUCGAACCUGCUGCUUAUCAACAACCUCUUCACUAUAACAGACAUUUGUGCACCCUGGACGUGGUAUCUGUCUUUAGACUUUCAAUUCUAUGCAACGACGCCUCUUCUGAUUUUACUCUAUAGAGUGAACAAAAGUGCACUUAUCGUUGUUUCAAUGGUACUCCUGAUGAUUUCCAGUACCACCGGGGCCCUUAUUACCAGUUUUCUGGGUCUACCCGUCCACCAGCCCACAACACUAGAAUAUAAGACAUACUUUCAGUAUUAUUACAACAAGCCCUACACAAGAUAUGGGCCGUAUUUACUGGGUAUUCUUGCUGGAAUUUACAUGACAACCAAGAAAGAGGCGCUUAUAAAAAAGAAGUGGCAGGCUGUCAUAGGUUGGUUGUUCUCCCUGUCAAUCAUGGCUCUGUUAGUUGGAUUGGCUUACGUGCUGCGAGACGUCCCGCCCCACCCGUCCCUUCCUCAUGCUGUUUAUCAGGGGUCACAUCGCACACUGUGGGCUGUGGCUCUGAUCUGGAUCAUCUUGGCCUGUGAGGAAGGAUAUGGAGGGUUUGUGGAUAAAAUUCUGUCUCUAGGAUUGUGGGCUCCUCUGUCUAACAUCAGCUUUGCCUGUUACCUGAUACAUCCCAUCUUUAUUAUACUGUACAAUGGCAAACAGGAGACAGCAAUGCACUACACGGACCUCAACUUUUUUUACCUGUUUCUGGGUCACCUGCUCUUGACACUUUUUGUUGGUUUUGUGUUAACUGUUGUAAUUGAAAAGCCCUAUCUUUUCCUGAUGAAAUCAAAAUGAUUAGACCUGCGUAAAGGACUGAAGGUAGAAUUAAACAUAUAUAUAUUUAUCUCGGGCACAUUUAAUCAUAUUCAGGAUGAAAAAUGUAGAACACUGUUUGUUAAUUUGUCUUGAUGUAAAGGUAUGUAGUUCAAGUUGUAUAAAAAAUACCAUAAAACAAUGUUAGUACAUUUCAAAUCCUGUGAUCUUAUAUGACCUGUGUCACUGUCAUGUAGUAAAAGCGCGAUGAUGUCAUAUUUGACAAUCCCUUGACCACUGCCAAAACAAUGACCAAACGUCACUACAUGACCAUGUCUCAAUAACAAAUGAAUUAUUGAAGUGAAGGGAAUAAUUAAUAACUCAAUGCGAAAGCUGUGAAUGAAUCAUGCUUAAAGAGAAGACUUUUCUAUCUAUAAGUUUGGGGGUGUGUGGUUAGGUGAGGCAAACCACAAAACACAUCUGCAUCACAUCAGUGCAAUCAACGUCAAGAGGACUAUAAACUGUAAGAACGCAAUCACAUAACUUACAGCAAUUGAGUCAUUUUAAGUUCAUAAAACUAAUUUUUAUAGUUAUUAUACUAUUAUUUAUAAUACUCUUAAUGAUGUACUUCG